AUGAGAUAUGUGCCGGAAGUCAAGAAGUCCCCACCGCACCUCCUGAAGAAGUUUGCAGUGUGUGACAUCCCGCUGUAUGACAUCUGUGACUACAACGUCACCAGAGACCGGUGCAAGGACCUGGGGUGCUGCUUCUACAAGGGUGUCUGCUACGAGAAGGGUAUUCCUGUGUACGUGCAUGUGUUCUCCGCCUUGAUUGUGAUCAUCGCUGCAGCCUUCAUCAUCACCAUCAUCUACAGAGUUGUUAAGGAGAGCAGGCGAGAAAAGGAGGGUUCCGCAGACGCCAAGGACAACAAAAAUGCCUCCCAAGGGUCGCAGAAGUCUCAGACCGUCUCGCAGAAGUCGCAGAGCGUCUCCUUCUCUAAGAGCGUGGACAGCCGAGAAGGUGGCCGUGCCGAGCCGUCCUCAGUUCACGGGAAGUUCACACAAGCCCUGGGCAACCCGGCCAUCCACGCCAGCGUGCUCAGCGCUCGGCCUCUUGGCAGCCUGUCCCAUCCCAUUUCUGCUGAGCGCCCUUUUCUCCUCUUUCCUCCAACAGCGGACAUGUCAGGGGAUGAGAUGGAGUGA